AUGGCUAAUCUCGACCGAGUACACGAGGACUACCAAAUCGGAAUUAUCUGCGCCUUAGCAGUUGAAAAAGCUGCUAUUGUGGCAAUGCUAGAUGAAACUCAUCCUAAACGGAAGGAUAAGGGCGACGAGAACGAAUAUACACUGGGUCGAAUUGGAGUUCACAAUGUUGUUGUUGCUUGCCUCCCAGCCGGUAUGAUCGGAAAUGUUCCUGCUGCCAUUGUUGCCAAAAAUAUGCAACGCAGCUUCCCAAUAAAAUUCGGGCUCAUGGUCGGUGUUGGAGGUGGCGUCUGGAGCAAAAAACAUGAUAUUCGUCUUGGAGACGUCGUUGUCAGCGAACCAACAGGCACUCAUGGUGGAGUCGUACAAUGGGACUUUGGAAAGCUGGGAAUGGAUGGAAAAUUUCAGCGAAUUGGCUGCCUGGAUAAACCACCCCAGGCGUUACUGCAGGCGCUGCAGGCACUGAAGGUAUCUGAUAUUACUGACGGUGUUAAUAUGGAAGAGCCCAUUUCUCAGAUGAUUCGGAAGAAGCCGCAAAUGGCUAAAUAUUAUCGGCACCCGGGUAUAGAGAAAGACCUCCUAUUCAAGGCUGAUUAUGAGCACGAGGGCGACGAGACGUGCGACGGCUGUGAUGCAGAAUCAAUUGUACAGAGACCGGAUCGCAAUGACCUUACUCCGAGAAUACACUACGGGAACAUCGCAUCGGGGAACGAGAUGAUAAAACAUGGCGCUACUAGGGAUAAGAUAGCUGAGGACGAAGGAGUGAUCUGUUUCGAGAUGGAGGCUGCCGGGUUGAUGGAUUCUUUCCCCUGCCUUGUGGUUAGAGGUAUUUGCGACUACGCUGAUUCGCACAAGAACAAAUUAUGGCAACCAUAUGCUGCGGCUACCGCUGCAGCAUUUGCAACGGUGCUUCUGGGGUUUAUCUAUGAGCAAGAAGUGAUCAAGACGCCUUCCCCCCCUAAGCCACUGAGAUUGCUACCUUUUGGCCGCAACCGGGGCUUUGUUGGCCGUCAACCUCAGUUAAAGCAACUGAUCAAUAUUUUGCACGAUGAUGACUCUGGGGAGGACUGCCAACGUGUAGCUCUAGUCGGCCUUGGCGGAGUUGGGAAGACACAGAUUGCCUUGGAGUGUGCUUUUCAAAUUCAAGAGGUUCUUCCCGGGUGUUCCGUAUUUUGGGUCCGGGCAAGCGACACAACAAGUUUCGAUAAUUCCUAUCGCGAUAUUGCACAGCAAUUGAAGAUUCCUGGACUUGAGAAUGACAAAGCAGAUGUCAAACAACUAGUCAAAACCCGGCUGUGCCAAGACAUUACAGGGAAAUGGCUCAUGAUUGUGGAUGGCGCGAAUGACUACAAAAUAUUUUAUUCUGGCAAUGAUGAUAAUGGAUUUAGUGCAUUAUCAAAAUAUCUUCCAUCCAGUCCCCUUGGCGCGAUCCUAUUCACGACUCGGGAUCGUGGUGCUGCCACAAAAUACGCUUGCUCAAAUGCGAUUAACGUGGAAGAAAUGGACGACGGAGAAUCAAGAGAACUUCUUCAACGAAGUCUUCAAAACCAACAACUGAUCAAAGAUAAAGAUAGUGUAACCACACUGCUAAAAUAUCUUGUCAAUCUUCCACUUGCAAUUAUGCAAGUAGCUGCAUACCUAAACGCUAAGAUGUGCACUAUCGUGGAGUAUCUCGAAGUCUAUGAAGAGAGCAAUGAUAAUAUCGUCAAGUUACUAAGCAAAAACUUCGAGAAUAUAAGGAGAUAUCCAGAUAUGAAGAACCCAGUGGCUACUACGUGGCUUAUCUCAUUUGAGCUUAUUCAAGUUCGGGAUCCCUUGGCAGCAGACUAUAUGGCUUUUAUUUCUUGUAUCAGAGAGCAAGACUUUCCCCGGGACCUCUUGCCUCCAGCUUCUAAAUACGACAAAACAGAGGCAUUCGGCACCUUGAAAGCCUUUGGAUUUAUUAAAGAACGCCUCAGUGGGGCAUCAUAUGAUAUGCAUCAAUUAGUUCACAUAGCGAUGCAAAAUUGGUUAAAGCUUAAGAACCAAUGGAAAAGUUGGAACGAGAAGACCUUGAACCAGAUCACGAAUGUCUUCCCAUGGCCACAGCAUGGGAAUAGAGAUAUAUGGAUGACAUAUCUUCCCCAUGUGCAAUGUGUUAUUAAUAUGUUUGAAAAGACCUUUGGUGAAAUGAAGGACCUACCGUUGAGCUUACUACACAACUUAGGAGAGGCCUCUCGAAUUAUAGGCAAGUACGCAGAAGCUGAGGCGAUGAACCGGCGGGUACUACAGUACAGAGAGACAGUUCUUGGGAAGGAUCACCCGGACACGUUUAAUAGCAUGAACAGCCUUGCACUAUCGCUUCGCCUACAGGGCAAGUAUGCAGUAGCUGAGGAGAUGCACCGGCGGGCACUGCAGUGUAGGGAGAUAUUUCUUGGGAAAGGACACCCAGACACGCUUAAGAGCAUGAAUGACCUUGCACUAUCCAUUCAUCUACAGGGUAAAUAUGCAGUAGCUGAGGAGAUACACCAGAAGGCGCUUAGUCUCCGCGUGAUUAGGUUUGGAAAAGAUGAUCCUUCUACACUUGAGAGCAUGAUGAACCUUGCAGCAUCGCUUCUCAAACAGGGCAAGUACUCCGAGGCUGAGGCAAUUCAACGGCAGACACUGCAGCUCAAGGAGACAUUGCUUGGGAAAGAACACCCAGACACGUUCGGGAGCAUGAACGACCUCGCAGAAAGCCUUCGCGGGCAGGGCAAAAACUUGGAGGCUGAGUCGAUGCAUCAGAAGACGCUGCGGCUGAGGGAAGCACUAUUUGGGAAGGAUCAUCUAUACACGCUGGAAAGUAUGAAUAACCUUGCGUUAUCGCUUCGCGGGCAGGGCAAGAACUCAGAGGCAGAGGUGAUGCACCGGCAGGCAAUAGAACUUGGAAGCGCGGCGCUUGGGAAUAAUCACCCUUCUACACUCAACAGUAUGAAUAACCUUGCAUUAUCGCUGUACCAGCAGGGUAAGUACGCUGCGGCCGAGGGAAUUCAAAGGCGGACACUGCAGCUCCGCAAGAUUGUGCUUGGGAAGGAUCACCCUUCUACGCUCACCAGCAUGCACAAUCUCGCAGAAACCCUUCGCAAGCAAGGGAAGGACACAGAGGCCGAUGCGAUACACUAG